AUGUCAUUGAUUUCCUACAAAGACGUGAACAAAUUCGACGUCAAGCUCGUUGAAAAUGGAAACAGCCAAAAUUUUCAGCUCAACUCAAACGCAGCACUCGCUCCUAAACAUGAAGAUCUGACUGCUCUAGCAGUUUCCAUCCAAAACGGCGACUCGCACAUCGUCAGUUGUGCUCACGGAAAACUGCUGCAAAUCGCGAAUCAAAUCAAACGACUUCAGCAGGAAGCUCAAGGAGUUUUGGAAAAAGCGAACCAGGAUCAGGAACUCUCUCAUGCAGCCUGCAACUUUGAAAAAGUGCCUGGAAAGGUGUAUCAUCUCUACAAGUAA